AUGGUCAAUCUCGCGGAGGCGCAGAAGGUGUUUAACCUCGUGCAAGGCCUGAGCAAGCAGCAGCAGUUCGUGAAGUAUAUUAGUAACGCGGGACUUCUCUCCGUGCUGCUCGAGUCGAUCACGAAGGGGAACGGCGCCGGCGCGACGUUCCUCGUGCCGUCCCCCGACGCGCUGCAGUCGCUGCCGCCCGCGUCGCCGUAUUUCAAUAACCCGUCGCUCGCGCGAACAACGCUGCGGUACCACAUGAUUUUGGGGAAACAGAUGGACUACACGGCGCUCGUCGAGCGACCCGCGGACACCGGCUUCCCCACGCUCGCCAAGGAGUCAAUGUUCAAGUCGGAUGAGAGCGCAUUCUUCACGGUCGUCUUCCGCUCAGGCAGCGGCCGCUCUAAAUCCACUCUACUCGCGCCCAACCUCGCCAAGACGGAGUUUUUCCAGGUGGACCUUGUUGACUCGCUCCUCGUGCCCGACGCCAUCCUCCACUCCAUGCCUGGUGUCGGUGCUGGUGCGGGCGGGAGCAGCAGUGGUGGCGACUCUACCGGUGCUGGCAGUCUCUCUCGUCCUCCUCCUCCUCCUCCCACUGUCUCGUCACCUCCUCCCGUCAACCCCUCACCUCCUCCCCCUAGCCCUUCCCCACCCCCGCCUGAAUCUUCCCCUCCUCCUCCUGUCUCUUCGCCUCCCACCCCUGACUCCUCCUCUCCAUCUGCUCCUAUUGAAUCCACUCAAGCCACAACCCCGCCCUCUCCCUCCCCUCCCCCUCCAACCAACGAGUCAACCUCAUCCGCAACACCAUCACCGCCCUGA